UGCCUACGAUCUCAUGGUGAGGCAGAAGCGACCGCGUUCAAUGUUUCUCCACAGGGCUGACUUAAGUCUGCGUCCCCGAACGAAAUAUCGUGAUUCUGACUAAAAUAAAGUUUGUUUUCUCCGUCGGAGAGGUGGGAAAACAUCACGAACCCGAGCAUGAUCAACACCAUGGAGUGUGCAGUGGAUGCACAAAGUCUAAUUUCAAUUUCUUUACGGAAAAUCCACAACUCCCGUACGCAGAGAGGGGGAAUCAAGCUGCAUAAAAACCUACUGGUCUCUUACGUGCUGAGGAACGCCAGGCAAGUGUACAUGAACGAGAAGUACGCGGAGAUCUACAGGAUGCAACAGUACGAGGAGGUGAUGACCGUCUGCAACGAGAUCCAGGAGCUAAACCCCCUCGAUUUGGUGGAGGACUGCGAGGAACAGACAGUGGACUGCUGCGGUAGCAUGAACGAAUCGCCGAGCCUCUGCGGCGCGCUCUUGCCCGUCAGUCACCAAGCUUCCCCGGUGCAGCACAUCCAGCCCACCAGCGCGUGUUCGGUGCCCAUACCUCUCCAAAGCGAAGAGGUCUGCAAGUCUCCGGAUCCUUCAUUUUACCGAAGCUGUUGUGCGGAAGCCUACCCCGUAUCCAACUGUGACUUUUCGCCAGUAAAUAGCAUGCACUGCAACAAAACUACAGUGCUCGAUUUGGACACGCAUGUCGUUACAACAGUAGAGAGCGGGUAUUUGCAUCAGGACUGCUGCGCUUCGCUCCAACAGUGCUGCCAGGACGCACAGAGCCCGGCCAAGAAACGCAAGCUUGACUUUGGUUACUACGUGUCCGAGAUCGAGGAGGUACCGGAUUUUACGCCGUGCAAAAGAGCGAAAUUCGAGGACUCCUCAUACGCGUGCACAGAGCCACUGGACACAUCGAACAUUUCCAAUCUCAUCUCGAUCUUCGGAUCGGGGUUUACGGGACUAGUGAGCAGACAAGCGGACUUGGAGCAAGCCUUAAACGGACAGUUCUGUAGCAAACAAGCCCUGGCGAGUUUAGGUGCUUGGACGAGAGCUAUUGUAGCUUUUUGACUCAGUGGUUAAUGAGAAUGCAGAUACUUUACGAAAUUGUACAAAGUCUAAGACAAAUUGACUUUUAUUUUUGCAAGAAAGUUAUUUAAGCGUUUUUAUUUGGUUUGUUUUUAGUUUCGUUUUAUGGGGUGAGGCGAACAGUGGUUGUAGCCUGCCACUCGUGGUGUAUCCUUUAAAACAAAUGUCGAUGUUACACACGUUUUAAAGGUUGAACUAAUCUAACGAAGUUGAAUUUCGUUGCCUUAAACCCACCGCAGACUGCUAGCUAGCUAUGGCCACAAACAUGGAAAGUCUUUGAAUGUUUUGCUCGAGGAUUGUUUCUGUUUUCCUCCCCUUUCCCAGUUUCUCUCACAAGGAACUUUUACAAAGAUAUAUUGUCAAAUGACAUCACCCACGUAAUGUUGGGAAUAACAGGCUGCAAACGGAAUAGCCUACCGCUGCACAGUGUUCUCAGCCAUCAGAUAACACGUUUAUAACAUUUUACCGUACCAGUUUCAGUAAGAAAGGCUCUAACAACAAGACUAUCUGAGCUCGUGCUUACGGAAAUGUAGAGCUACAGGAAGAGACACAGACAACAUUUGUUAUAUCAGACAAGGCAAUCACGUAGGCUAAUGAAGGUGCAAUAUUUUAACCCCCACCCUGUCUAGUUUGUUGUUUUUCUGUAUUAUGAAAUGUGUUGUUGAAAGUGGCAAAGACUGGUGCGUUUUGCUGACUGCACUGACCUACAGCUCCAGUUCCUCUGAGUAUGUUUGUAGUUCGCCUAUGCCACUCACCUCAUCACACUGAACGUUGGGGCCAUUAAUUAACACUACAACUCCCACAAUGCACGCCGAAAUGUUAUCAGCCAGAAAAAGUUGAUUAAUUAGCCUUCACAGUAAUUCAUGAUGCCAGCAUUUGCUUGGUUUUGUGGGUUUGAUUUUAUUUUCUACAAAGUUAGACCUUUUGUUCUAAAAAGGCAAUCUCAUAAAUUAGCCAUACGUCCUCACAUUAUAUAAGCACUAUGUGUAAUGAAUUAAAGACGUUUUCAGACGUAUUCUCCAUAUUUUGUUGGUAUUCUUGUAUUUUUGUGCAUAUUAAAUUGUAUAUCACCGGGUAAAACUGUUUUAGAAGGUAUUUGUUUAAAAUUUAUAACCUUAAUAAAAAAUGAAACUUA